CUGCGCGUCAUGACGUACAACGUCCUCGCCGACGCGUACAGUCACACGUGGAAAGAGCUCUACCCGUACCUGUCCGACGAGGCUGCGGAUGCGGAGUACAGGCUGUUGCUCGCGAUGGAGGACGUGCGCGUGGCCAAACCGGACGUCGUCGCGUUGCAAGAGGUUGACAAGAAGUGGUACGACGCGUUCUGGGUGCCCCAGAUGCGCGCCGCCGGCUACGUUCCCGCCGGUGGCUUGACCGAAAAGACGGGUCUGACCCGCGAGGGAUGCGCGACGUUUUGCCGGGGAGAUGAGUGGCGGCCGGUGCGAACCGAGGAGACGGGUCUGAACACCCCGGGUCCGAUGCCCGAGGAGCGGGACACGUCGGAUUGGGUAUCGUCCCAGCCCCACCUCGCGGACGCUCUGUCCAAGGUGAACACGGUGGCUCAGCUCGCGGUUUUGGAGUCGGCGGCGGGUGACGGCCGCGCGGUUGUGGUUGCAAACACGCACCUGUUUUUCCAUCCCGGCGCCGUCCACCUCAGGGUGAUGCAGGCGAGGUGGCUCUUGCGUCACGCGGACGGUCUCAGGCGCCGGUGGGUCGAGGCCGAUAACGAGGCGGGUCGAGGCGGGGGUAAGGAGGUCGGGCUGGUGGUGUGCGGCGAUUUCAACGGCGAGCCGUUUGACGGCGUGAUCCGGUUCGUCCGCGAAUCGGUGCUCGGCGCCGGCGACGGGGACUGGGCGCUGGGCAGCGUGUUCAGGUGGGGGGCCGCCAUGCACCUGAGGCAUCCGCUGGCGCUCGUGUCCGCGUGUGGAUACCCCGAGUUUACAAACUACGUCGGCGGGUUCGCGGGAAGUUUGGAUUACGUCUGGUUCGACUCGUCGGCUCUCGAGUCCGUCGCGUCCAUGCCCAUGCCGCCGCUGGAUGCCGUGACCGCGGAGACGGCGCUUCCAAACUCGGAGUUUCCGUCCGACCACCUUCCCAUGGUCGCGGACUUGAGGUUUACGCGGUAG